AUGAGCUCUUCCAUCCAGACUCUCUCCCGCGGUGUUCGCACUGCUCCUCGUGCUCUCCGUGGACUUACCCAGGUUCGACGACUGAGCACCACCGAGGCCAGCCGUAACCUCUCCAACACUCGCGACUCUGCUGUCCAUGACCCCAUCAUGGAUAAGUUCUGGGGCAACCGUGUCAACGUUUCCGAGACUUCCACCAUCGUUACUCAGACACCCAGCGUCUCCGCUACCACUACAAGCCGUGACCCUCCUCUGGGCACCAACGUCUUUGAGCCUUCAUCUGCUCCUCGUUGGUCUGGCAUCUCCAUCCCUACUGGCCGACAAUAG